AUUUACAAAGGAAGAAGAAGACCGCCAUCUUCGUGAGGUCGAAAGGCUCAGUGAUGCCCAGACAUUGCUCCGCCGCAGGCUGCAAUUCACGUGACACCAGAGAUGCUCGGAAAGCUGGUCUCACUUUUCACAGGUUGCCAAAAAGGGGCAAUCCUCGGCGUGCCACCUGGAUUCUGAAUUCUCGUCGCAAAGGUCCUGAGGGAAAAGGGCAGUGGGAUCCUCAGAGUGACUACAUCUAUUUUUGCUCUAAACAUUUCACCCCUGACAGCUUUGAACUCUCUGGAGUCAGUGGCUAUCGCAGACUGAAAGAUGAUGCAGUACCCACAGUGGUUGAAACCCCAUCUUACCAAAGAGGCAAGACCUCCAGGGGAAGAGGCAGGCCACGAAAUGUGGAAAGACAGAUGAGGACAAAGAAGCGUACUGAAAAUGAGGGAAUGGACAGUAAGGAGGUUACAAUCAACGAGGCUUUCGUACAGAAUGUGACUGGUGAAGGGGAAGCUGAGAAAUCCAAGACAGCCAAUGGGGAACAGGGAAAUGAGCAAAGCCCUCAACUUUCGUCUGAAGAUGUUCAGACCAAUAAGACAUCACCAAAUGAUCAACCAACAGACGUCGUUCCCAAUCCAACUUCACCACGGCCCCCUUCUCCAUCCUGCUACAUGAGGCGCCUCCCUCCUCCUCCUGGCUUCUACCUGGCCAAAGAGCACAACUAUGCUCAGCUGUGCCCCCUAGUAUGGCGCAAACGUUAUGAUAAAGCCAUUGACAACUUAGAAAAGGCACUACGUUUGCUUAGUGCUGCCCGCCGCCGGGAAAACCGCCUACGGCUUACGCUGCUGCGCCUCCGAGAGAGCAAGCUAAAGAGCACUUUAUCCCGAAUUCAAGACAGCAGCCGAAGGAAGGAGGGUCAGGGAGGCCGAGGUAGGGUUUCCAUCUUGGCUCCUCAGAGUGGGAAGACUGCAAGAAUAGACACAAGUGGAACUCCUGAAGGACUGGAGGAGAGUGAGAUAGAGGGUACAACUGAAGACAUGGAGCUUUUCACUGAAGAGGGUUGGAGAAGGCCAGCGCCCACAGCAAAAGAGAGAGUACCUGUAGAAGAAGAGGACGGAUGCUGUUUUUACUGUGGACGGGGUAGAGAAGAUGAGGAAUCAAAAGAAGUAAGGGAUAGGCGAAUGUCUCACAGGGCCACAGAAAGCCAAGGGGCUCUUGGAAGUCAUAAACCUAAGAGAAUUCAAGAGGGCAAAAGGGAGAGAGGGAAGAUACCUGGUGUAUUCAUAGGUCGAAAGGCUGAGAGCACAAGAAAUGAUGCUCCUGCUGUAGAGCCAAAGGACUGUUACUUCUAUUACUGUGAAAAUGAUGCAAGUGAGGACCAAACAAGGACUGUCUCCUUGGAUUCACCUCCCCAGCAGAACGUAGAUGGAGAAGCUUCUCUGGAGCUCUGUGGCAAACCACUGCAGCAACUUACCCUGCUGCACCCUCAGACUGAAAUGCUCUUGCAGAUGCAUACGGUGCCUGGGCCUACACAACCCACAGUAACGCUACAGGAGGCAACAUCUCCACUUCAGCUGCAGCAGCUUCAUCUUUUGCAGCCCAGUGUGGGCCUUCAGCCAGGACUUCUCCUUCCAGACAUAACAACAAGGGAAGGGAACAUGUCACAAAGUGACCCAGAGGCAGGAAAUCAUAUUUAUGUGGUGCAAGAAAGAACAGACAGUCACUUGCUGCUGGUACCUGUUUCUACUGAUACCAGGGAGAGUAGUGGAGUCAGUGUUGACACCGUGCUUCAGAAUAUAGAAACCCAAUCGAUAUUGGUGACAGGAGAAGGCUUUCAGCAAGGACCCAGUGAAGAGGGGGAUACCCUAGGUGUUGAGAGUAACCUCAUGGGGUUAAGAAAUACUAGGUUGAGGGACAGUCAAAAUGGCAAUCAGUCAAAUCUGAGAGCUACAGCAGUGAGUGGAGAUGUCAGGCAGAGACUGAAGGAACAUCUAGAGGGGUUUCAGCUGCAGCUAAGCAGUGAAUUUGUCAAGGAUAUGUAACAAACCUCAUCAUGAUUUCCCAUUAAACA